UUUGGUGCUCGAGUACAUGCCCAAUGGAAGCCUUGAGAAAUGGCUUCAUGUAAACGAUCAUGUCCUAAGUAUCAUGCAAAGGUUGGAUAUCACGAUAGAUGUGGCUUCCGGUUUGGAAUAUCUCCACUAUGGUUAUUCAACUCCUAUAGUUCAUUGUGAUUUGAAACCUAGCAAUAUUCUCUUAGAUCAAGACAUGGUUGGUCAUGUUUGCGAUUUUGGAAUUGCAAAGUUGUUAGGAGAUGGAGAAUCUGUGGUACAAACAAAGACUCUUGCUACAUUUGGAUAUAUUGCCCCAGAUAAAACGAUACAAAGGAAGAUUGAAUGCAUAUCGUCUAUCUUGCAACUUAGUUUAAGUUGCACGACAGAUGCUCCUGAGGAAAGAAUAAACAUGAAAGAAGUUCUAAGAGCGCUACAGAAGAUCAAACUUCAAUUUAUCAAAGAUGUCAAGCCUUGA